CCGUCAAUUGGUAUGAUUGGAAAGGAGUGCUCACCUGGGGAAAUCGAUUAGCAGGCAGACGGAAGUACAUGAAAUAUCCAGGAAAUAUAAAAUCGACUUUGUUUUGUGCGUGAACAAGAAAUAAAAGAUUCCACGGUUUUAAAACAUGCAAUGAAUGUGACUAAAGAGAAUGUGUUGUGAUUUGGUUAGAAAUGGGUGCUGCUGUAUUUCGUGAGAGCAUUAAUUUUUCAGCUGACAGUUUUUGUUUUGUUUACAAGUUUGCCUAGGGCUGGAAAACAGCAGUGUGCAAGGGGUGUAGACAGGCAGGCAAGGCACAGCAAAUCGAUUUGUGUUUGUGCUUCGUAUGGGGGUGCUGCUGCUGCUGCUUUGGGAAAAAUGAACCGAGCAAUCGGAGUAAAAUUCCGCAACAAAUUAGUGUUCGUUCAAGAUAAAUCACAAUAACUCUCGAUGACCAUUACGUUGCGGAACGGUUUCAGCGCUCCUGCUCGACAUCAUAAAUAUAAAUGAAAAGAUUCCCAAAAGAACUAAAUGAACUAGUCCCAAUAAUAACCAAGUAAAGACAAGAUUCUUCCUUGUAAUGAUGCGCCUCAACCUGAAGUUUUUGCUGAUAUGUCUGUGCUUCGCGGUGUUCCUGAUCACGUUCACGUUAUGGUCAAAUUGCGGUGGCGAUUUGACCUUCGCGCGGGGGCUCGUGCCCAAAUGGAACAACCACCGAUACGAUAGUGCAGACAAUCAGCUCGAGCUGACGGAGGAGAUUGACUGCGUCAUCAACCAGGAGUACACAAUCGGAUGCCGCCGGGAGGGGGAGGAGGUGUAUCUGCCGUUCUCGUUCCUGACCAAGUACUUCGAGGUGUACGGUUCGCUCAACACGGUGGACGGUGCGAAGCGAUUCGAUUGGUCGCACAGCUAUGGGAAGGUUAACAACCCGAAGGGAGCAUACGAUCCGAAGGGGAUAUUCAUGUAUUUCGAGAAUUACAAUGUGGAAAUGCGCGACCGGGUGAAGUGUAUAAGUGCAAUUGAGAAGGUACCAAUUUCAACGCAGUGGGAGAGUCAAGGUUACUUUUACGCAACCCAGAUAGCGCAAUUUGGAUUGUCGCACUACAGCAAGAACUUGACGGAACCGGAACCUAGGCGGAAGAUCGUCGAAGACGGAGAGAAAGCGCUGGCAGAGUGGAAAGUGCCUAAAAAUAGUUCGCUGAGCAGGUCGUACCUGAAGGAAAAGGAUACGACUGUGGUGCAUUUUUCAACGGGGAGACACUUUGAAAAUGCCAUCACGCUGCCUAUGUAUCACGUGCUCGAUCUGGUGAUGAGUGUGAAUAUUUUGCUGCGACCGAAUUCGAGCUUUACGGUGACGCUGCAGAACCGGGAAACCCAAAAGCUGUACAAUGUUAUUUAUAUAUUAGCGGAUUUGAUGAUAAGCGUGCAGGACGAUAAUAUUUACUACGGGAUUGGACUGAAUAGUACCUCCAGCUGGCGUACAUUGACGAGGGAUUUAUUUGUGGAUUUGCAGAAAGGUUUGCCACAGUUUAUAAAUACCGAGAAACGAAGAAAGAUGCGACGAACAGAGUUGAAGGUGGUGGAAAUAUCGUUUCUAGGAAACGGUAGCUUUGACAAUUUGACGCUUUCGACAAGUGAACAUAUCAGCCAUUUUUACGACGCUGCAGAAUGGUUGAUCCGACAUCAGGAUCAAAGUACCGGCGGAUGGCCGAUUCCUGUUCGGCGAAAGUUGGGUUCAGGUUUCGGGGAGCUGUCGCGUGGAUGGUAUUCGGCAAUGUCCCAGGGGCAUGCAAUUUCACUUCUAGCCCGGGCGUAUUAUCAUUCCAAGGGAGACAAGCGGUACCUGAAGGCUGCGCUGGAUGGGUUGAAACUGUUUAGGAUACCUUCCUAUCAAGGUGGAGUGUUGGCUACGUUUCUGGGAAAAUAUGCCUGGUACGAGGAGUAUCCAACAACGCCGCCCUCGUUCGUACUUAAUGGUUUUAUAUAUUCGCUGCUGGGACUGUAUGAUCUCAAUUCGACAGCCCCCGCAAAUCACUCGAACGAAGCGGCUGCACUGUUCGAGCAAGGCAUGGUUUCGUUGAAAAAGAUGCUGUUACUUUUUGACACAGGAUCAGGCACAAGCUACGACUUGAGACACUUUACGCUGGGGAUUGCGCCCAAUCUAGCGCGCUGGGAUUACCACGCGACGCACGUGAAUCAGCUGUUGCUACUGGCCACGAUCGAUCCGGACCCCAUAAUCGCCCAAACUGCCGAAAGGUGGAAAAAUUACAUGCUUGGUAAGCGAGCGCAGCACAAUUAGUGUUUAACGUUAAAGUGAACCGAAACAAUGGCUCUUCCUCUUCCUCCUAAUGCCUUAACAUGUAAGUACACAAUGAUGAGAUGGAAAUAACAAGAAAAAAAAGUAGUCAAAUGCAAAAAGUACAAUGCAUUGUAGUCUUUGAUAUUAAGGGAAAAAAUCACAAACACUUAGAUCGACACAGGACACAGGUUUUGUAGGAAAUCUAUCACUUUAUAACAUUGGAGAGGUCACUUCUUCCUUGGUGCCCCGUUAGGAAACGACGGUUGUUCGAAUAGAUGCAGGAAACACGUACACAUCUUCUCAUGAAGGACCACCACACGAAUGGAACACUCACUAAACUCAAACAAUUGUUGCGCUCUUGUAUCGAUAAAGUUAAUAAAAAGGAAACUUUGCGUGGAAGCAAACAAACGACGCAUAAUUGUCUAACACAUUGGUUAGUAGAAUAGGUAGUGUAGAAUGAUGUAGGGUAUUAGAAUAGAAACAAACUGAAAAUGAUAGUGAUUGUGAUCGUUAACGAGAAGUGCGCGCAUUUUUGUUCCGAGGCCAGAGAAUUGUGUAAAUAAAAGGAACUAGUUGUUGCUCGGGUCGGAUUUGGGAAAGUUGAAUGUUUUCGAAGUUCGUUGUUGAUACGAGGAAAGGCAACCAUUUUCAGUACCGGAUGAAACACAUCACAAAGAUUGAUUUCUUGCCGUCUAUUAGCUUUUGUUGAAAUGUUUUUUUUUAUAUUGUAGGAUGAAUUUGCCUUGCAAUUUUUAUGAGUGUACAUUUGUUUAUUAAGUAAUUAGGUAGUGUAUAAUAUUGUUGAGCGAUAUAUUAUUUAUUAUCUAGAUUAGUGUUGUACAUUUUUCCAUAACAAUUAUGAUUUCUUAGAAAAGACUCCUUUGUUUAAUUUUCAAUGCUAAGCGAUGCCUGGAUAAUUCAAUACGAGAACAAUACAUAUUGUCUAAUUAUUACAAGAAUACACCGAAAUAUAAAUAUUAAUUAUUAGAAGAGCUUCUCAAGCAAGCGAACAAUCCCAAAAAAAAUAGACGCAUGUAGCAGUUUCAAAGGAAUUUGUUACGAGCUGGUAAAUGCUUAGGAUAAUAGUAAGUGCUCAAAUGGAUAGGCGUGGUAAAGUUCAUAUGGACUAUUAAUUGAAACGAGUAUUCAUUCCCUCAUACUGGAUCUUUUUUAUUGUUUCAUACGCACACGAAAUCAACCAUUCCAAUGAGUACUUUUUUUUUGUUAUUUUUCCUGUUGACGAAUCUCGCGCCAACUCGACCAGAUGUUGGCAUGACCCGCUCAGAACCUAAAGAAACUUUCUGGGCGUGAAGACCUUACCUAAUAAAGUACCUUGGCAUACUUAGUUUUCCGAAAAUUUACCUAUACUAACAUAUAUCAUUUUUUUUACUAGAAACUGGUAAGUCCUACAAAAAAGUGAUCUAUGGAAGAGUUUUAGGAAAAUAAUUGAAUUUUCAGAAAUAAAAAUUCUGAAAAAAUAUUUUUUGAAAUCCUACACUGAAAAAAAAAUGUUUUAAAAAUUAAAAGUCGAUUUUCUCAAAAUGGUCAUCUCAGAUUUUGAUGAAAUGGUAGAUAAAUAUGUGCCCUACAACUCUUCCAUACAUCACAACUUGUGCACAUUUAAGGCAAAAAAGUUUUUCUUACAAAUACUCUUUCAAUAUUUUAUUGAAAUUAAGUUUAUUUCUUCUUCCAGUGCAGAAAGCCAACCCAAAAUAAAAAAAAAAUCUCUGUAUAUAUUAUGAACUUUUUUUCAUAUUUUGAAUUAAUAUUUAUGAACAUGCGGUUAGAGGAGACGAAACAAAUGAUGCUUGAUGCAUUUUUAUGUGUAUUGUAUGAUGAUUCGACGCGCCAGGAUACUGCAAUUCUGCGAUGUCGUGAGCAGUGCCAACAAUUCAUGGUCGACAUGCACGCAAAGGUAGAGAGUAAACGACUGCGAUUCCUACGACACAAUAAACAGGAGCGGCGCGAUGAAGAAUACAUUUACUUGCGAGACGCUAUCAUGAGCAAUACCGACACAGCCUUUGCUAUCGCCAGAUAGGAACGCAAUACACAUGACAUCACAACACGAUGUUUGAACGGGAAGUGAAGUAUCGGUAGAAUGGCAAACGCGAGGAUUAUCUCAUACACACAUUUUUAGUUUGGUUAGUGGAAAAGACGGGUGGGUAAUGUCGGGGACAUAACCGGAAAGACGCAGGACUACACCAAGGGGUGUCCAUUGUUCAAAUAUCAUGGAGCACAGAUCCCAGAAUUACCAACUUUUCAUGCACAAAAUUACAGAAAAAAAUCAUAGGAUAGAAUAAAACCCCAGCACACAAAUUUUGUUUUUUUUUGUAUUGGCACCCUAAAACACUCAAACGCGAUGCAAAUGGUUUAUUGUUCAACCGGCAACUAACACACACUUGAUGGCAAGCAUAUCGUAAUAGGAAUUUACCGUCUGGUAUCGUGAUAUAAUUUGGAUUUGCAUUCCUCAUAAAUAACUGUGUUCUACUAGUCAAUCCCUUUCACUUGAUACCCAUAUUGAUGGGGUUUAGAGAAAAUAUGUAAUCCGCCAUUUUGUAGUGUCCGCCAUCUUGGAUUUUCAAAAUCAUGAAAUACGCAGUUUUAUAAUGACUGCAGCGAUAAAGGUGUGUUCCAAAUUUCAGAUCAAUCGGUCAACAGAAAGGGGGUACAAAUAUGUCACAGCUAAAUAAAACCUUUUGAAAACUCAAGCAUUCGUGCGCGAUUAGCCUCUCCUUCGCCCGGCGCGACGCUUCCACCCCUUUUAACACACUUCGAUAGGCUCUCCUGCUCCAUAUCCCAUAGAAACUUCUGUCUCGCCCUCUUGCGGUAUCGCACCGCAUAAAUCGCCUGCAAAUGCAUCGAUAACUCUUAUGCUGAAAACCAAUCUCAAGAUAGCGUCCUUCCUGCUAGGCGACCGAUGAUAGAAUGUGGCCAAGCAGGUAAGGUAAGGUAUUGUAUUAUAGAGACUUUAAACUUUUUCAGUUCAUUCGUCUCUAGUCUUGAGAAAGGCCGUUGGAAAAGUUUACUCUACUCCAGCACCACUCCUCCACCCUCUUGCCUUGGGAAAGGCACUCGAUCCCUCGCCGUCCAGCUCGUCCAGUAACGAUGUUGUCCAGUCGGUGUCCACGCAACGAAACACCACCAUCGCUGUCUUUAUAUAGCCAUAUAGUUACCGUUGUAGCGACCGCCUAUAUUUAUUUAUUAUUUCUUUUUCGUCCCCCACCUUCACUUUGUCCAUACGUUUUUCCCGUAUCCGUAGUUGCUUGUAAUGAAUAGCUGUUUGCUGCGGGAGCGCAGACAAAAUGUAUGGGAAAGUAGGGAUUUCUUUCUUCCAAUUUUUCAUCAAUUUGAACUUUAUAUGAGUUGAAAACCCGUAAUGUGUAGCAUGCAAACAAUUGCUGAGGAUAUUUCCUAUCAAUGUGUGUAUUUGGAACCAAAAUCCAUUCAUUAGUUGUGGAGGUAUUUAACGUUCAAAAACCAAACACUUUUUCUCACGGAAAUAUUGAAAUGAUCCCCUAUAUUGAACGGUUAGACGUAGGCCUACGUCAAAAAAUGGGCGGGUUAUAUCUAUGAUAUAACCGCAAGGCUGACGUGGGACUACCUCAGCUUAGCAAUUAUUUUUUUGUAUUGAUUUAAUUUUUGAUUGAAUGAAUCAAUUUCCGAAUUCAAUUGAAUUCAAUAUAUUUGCUUUGUAAGUAAAAAGAUUGUAUAAUGCCAUGUGAGGUCAAUUCAUGCAUUUGGAUAGAUUAUGUUCUUCGUUACAAGUAAAUUUAAUGACAGUCCUUUUACGUUUGGUAUGAUGACAUCUUGGUUUUGAAAUCUGUGUUAGCAUUCAGUCGGAACAAAAAUGCCCCCGAUUUGCAUAUAUUUACAAUUCCGAGUUCCCCAGACACCUUCGCUUAAAAAUCUAUAAUAGGUAAACACAUUUCAGUCGGAAUAAAAAUGCCCCGAAUCGCAUGUAUUUGCAAUGCCAAUUUUCCCACGCUCCUUGGAUUUAAAGUCUGUGUUAAAGAAACACAUUUCAAUCGGAAGAAAAAUACAGCCGACCUGCAUGAAUUUGUAAUGCCAAUUUCCCCAGACACCUUGGUUCUGAAGUUUGUGUUGGGGAAACACAUUUCAGUCGGAACAAAAAUGCCCCCGACUUGGAUGUAUUUGCAAUACCAAUUUCCCCACGCUCCAUGGAUUUGAAGUCUGUGUUAGGGAAACACAUUUCAGUCGGAAUAAAAAUACUUUCAUGACCUUCAUGUAUUCGUAAAGCGGAUUCCCCCAGGCACAUUGAUUUUGAAGUCCGUGUUAGGGAAACACAGCUUGGUUGGAACAAAAAUACCCCCUACUUGCAUGUAUAUUUGCUAAGCGGAUUCCCAGAGGUACAUUGAUUUUGAAGUAUGUGUUCGGGAAACCGUGAAUUGGGCCAAUCAAAACUAGGCAGUUAGGGCGUUUAGAUAACGCUUGACAUUUCACGGUUAUUCAAUUGUUUAUCUAAUGAAAAAUAACAUUUUGUUCAUUGCGAUAGGAGCAUAGAAAUAUUCCGUAUCAAUUGAUGCCACCAUCUUUCCGAACCAGUCAUAAAUGUUCGAGUUAAAAGCAUUUGGAAUCUUUCAUUUUUUCCUUCAUGUUCUGUGUUUAGGUUUUCAUUUCACAACCCCCCCCCCCAUAUACUCCGGUUAGACGUAGUCCCACGUCAAAAAUACGCUCGAUGAAAUCGAUAAUGUAUUUUUUUCGACUCCUGAUCCUACUACAGAUGAAUUACUCACUCUAUUCUGAAAUCCGAGAUCGAGUCAGAAUUACUCGAAUAUGACAACCUUGCCAUGUGUUUAUACCAAAAAUCAUAAAUCACUGCGAGUGGAGAAAAAUUUUGAACGAAAAUUGUAUCUGAUAAUGAUUUUAAAUUAUGGACAAAGCUUUGACUGAGAUGCAAGAAAAUUUAUAGAAAAAUAGUUAAGUCAGGGUCAUGUCUUCUAAGUACAGUAUGUUACAUCUAAUUUGACAUCUAGCUAAUUGGACAGACCUGUAAUGCAACACGUUUAAUUGAACAUUUUUGUAAACAUAGAGUUCGGAACCUAAAUUAUUGCCCCACAUUGAAAGUCGCCACCAGACGUCAAUACUGUACCACUGUCAUAGCGAUUGUCCAAUUACCAUGUAUAUAUGUUAACUUAUAUUCUAAGAGAUACAAUCAUCAUAUAUUUCCAAUUUUUUCUUUUCAUCUAACAUUUUGAAUUUGAAAACUUUUAGCUGCUAUUUUCAUCUACAGGAAUAAUGCAAUGAAAUUUUUGUGUUCCCGAUAUUGUUUUCGUAUGAUUGAAUGGUUCCUCACUUGCCUUUUCUGUAUGCUGUUCUUUGGAUACGUAACAGGAAUUCAACUCCGUGAUACAUUUGUCAUUUUGUUUAACUGCCCAAUCAUAAAGAUCUAGUGCUGUUUGGAUUGUGUUUCCGUAAUUUUGGGCAAGACUUGCUCUCUUUGCCAUUCGUUUUAGUGUCCCUCCUAUUGUAUCACAGGGUCCUUUCCCGAGGGAGGUGGCAAAGAAAUGCCAUUCUGAUUCGAGUCCGUAAACUUUUUUGAAAUUACACAGGCUGGCGAAAUUCUUUUUGUUUUUGUAGUGUGCUGCCAAAGGAGCGGACAUGAGAGUCAUUUUAGUAAAAUCGAUUAUUUUUCUGACAAAUUCUAUCAACUUUUCUAUAAACAACUGCACAGCCACAGUGUAGUGUGUUAAAACUUCUAAAAUAAUUAUGAUGCUUACGUUUUAUAGUUUACCAUAUUUUUGUAGUAUAUUUCAAAUGGCUGAAUAGUUGCUUGCGAGUUAUUCCAGUGAUAACCCUGUGCCGCAUUUUGAAUUAUGAAUGGAUAAUUCUCUGAAAAAUCACAAUUUCUUGCGUCAAAGAUUCUUUUUUUAUUUCGCAAAAAAGCAGACUGCUGUUCGUAAAUAACGUCAUGCUCUAUGAGUUUGUCUACUUUAUCAGCGAAAUACGGCACAAAUUCAUCGAUUAGUUUUAAAAUCGUUCGUUGAAAUCAGCCAUUUGAUGAAAAACGAUUUCUUCUUUUCCGCUGUCCUUUAAUAGAAGAGUUGUUUCUUCAUGAAUUGAUGACUUAGAAACACAAUCCAACCAACACUAGAGCUUUAUGAUUGAGCAGUUAAACAAAAUGACAAAUGUAUGUAAAGGCAAGUGAACUUGAGGAUCUAUUCAAUCACGCGUAAACAAUAUCGGGAACACAAAAAUUUAUUCCUGUAGAUGAAAGUAAAAUCGCAGCUAAAUGAUUUUCAAAUUCAGUAGAUGACCCCAAAAUCUUCAAAAUGUUAGAUUAAAAGGAAAAAUAUGAUGAUUGUAUCUCUUAGAAUAUAAGUUAACAUUUACAUGUUAUAAGAUCAAUGAAUAAAAAUGAAUUUAAUGUAGAAAAAAAGGCAUAAGUUUUAUUACAUUUGAUUUGAACUAGAGACCUCUGAAACACUCAUUCAACAUUUUUAUUAUUAUUGUUUAUUUUUUAUUUUGGGUUGGCUGUCUGCACUAAAAAAAGAAAUAAACCUAAUUUCAAUAAAAUAUUGAAUAAGUUUUUGUUAGAAAAACCUUUUUGCCUUAAAUAUGCACAAGCUGCGAUGUAUGUAGUUGUAAGCCAAAUAUUUAUAUCUACCAUUCCAUCAAAAUCUGAGAUGACCAUUUUAAGAAAAUCGACUUUUAGUUUUUGAAAUCGAUUUUUUUCAGUGUAGAAUUUCAAAAAAUAUUUUUUUUUGUAUUUUUUUCUGAAAAUUCAAUUAUUUCCCUAAAACUCUUCCAUAGAUCUCUUUUUUGUAGGACUUACCAUUUUCGAGCAAAAAAAAAAUAUAAAAAAUGAUGAAGAAUAUGUUAGUCUAGAUAAAUUUUCGGAAAACUAAGUAUGCCAGGUUGCUUAAUCAGGUAAGUUCUUCAUGCCCAGAAUGUUCCUUUGAGUUCUGAGAGGGUCAUGCCAACAUCUGGUCGAGUUGGUGCGAAAUCCGGCUAUAACAUAAACUCCGCGCAAGCUAACUACUAACUAACUAACUUUCUAGGAAGCAUAUUACUUGUAACACAACCAAUUAACAUACUGAGCUAAAAGCUGUUGGACUUAAUUAGAAUGAGUAUAACUUUAGAGUGUCAGAAUUUGUGUGUUCUACUUGCACAGCCUAUCUAUACUUGGGUUACGUCUCAAAAUUUUACAAAACUCUCGAUAAGAAAUAAUAACUACGAAAGACUGUUAACAACUACGAAUUAGGUUUUGUAAUCAAGGGCUUGAACGAACAUGUUUAAAUGAAAAAAAAGAAACCCACAACCUUGAUUUUCGAUUUCAGUUAAACUGAUUUUGAACUAUCAAUACGUAUCAUUAUAUUCUAAUACGGAUGUUACGUUAUAGUGCGUUUUAAAAAGACAAUAAAAGUUUUGGAAGAAAAAGUUGUAGAGAUAAACACUUUAGAAAAAAAAAGACACCAACAAUGUCGAGUUAUACUUUUUUAUAUCACGAAUAAAGUAAGCAAAACAAACAAACUGUAGUUUCACACGUUUCCGCAUUCGAUAACUCCAAACCAGACUAGUUGAAAAUGAACAGCGUAAAUGAUGCUUUACUCGAAAGUGCGCGAGAGUGGUUAGGUUAAAUUUGCGGCGUCGCGAUGCGAUUCGAAGCUACCUAUACCUUAAAAAUGAAAAAAAAUCAUAAAAAAAGGCAAACAGCGAACUCAUACAAACACAAUUAACACAAAUAUUUAAUCAAUAACUGUACAAAAAUACACUUGAGAAAAUAAAAAAAACGUGAACAAGUAGAUAAAUGUGAUUGAACAGACAAUUUUAAAUUUUUGUAUCGCAACACCAGGCCAGAGAUGCGACUGAGUGACUCAAAUCAAUUAAUGACAACUCUAUCCGAUCGUAAUAUCAAUACCAACAAUUGCACGCAAACCAAACCAGUUCCUCAAAAAAAAAGUGUGUUUUUUCAAGUGAAAUUUAGCCGGCCUCAACCACACGAAUGAUAACUGCAACUGUUUCACUCAAAAUGAUGCCAGUUGCCGUUUUUGAAUAAACCACGCAAACUCACUACGAGUAUCAGAAUACAUUUUUUUAACAAUCUUGUAACUAGUAGGGAACACACACCACAAAAACAAAAACAAAAAAACAUGCAAAUGCAGCACUUAAUUGUACCACAAGAGCGAAAAAAACAUGAUGAUGCUUCAGAUGUGAGCAAACCACAGUAAAAUCAAUGUUCAAACCACUACCAAAACCGAACCGCAUGUCAAUACAAGAAAUGAAACCAACCAUGAGAAAAUAAAAUUAUGAUAAAAAAACUAAAA